UAUAUCAUAAUACACGUCGCGUGUAAAUAAACGGUCAGAUUUUGAAAUAAUUUAAUAUUAUUUCAGAAAAUUACUAAUUUGAAAGCUCAAUUUUUUGUGUGAUUAAAGCCUAAUGGGAACAUUAUAAGAACCCCUUCUAAUAUUGAUGCUAAUAGCCUAAUACUAUUAUUAGUCAAAAAGUAGUAAAAUUACUUUUAGAAAUUGUUGCUAAACUUUAUCUAGUGUAAUCAAUGAUGCUUAAACCAUUGAUUUAUCCUUAAUCAUCAAGGUCCCAUGCCAUAGUAACCUUGUCUCCCUCAAUCAUUCUCAAUUAAUUUCUUAACUGGCAACAAGAUUUUUAAGAAAAAAGUUAAUAAAAAUAAUUUGCAAAAAAAAAAUUUCAUGCAUAUGGGCUCAUGAUACAUCAUUAUGUGAAGAUUCAUGAGCAGACACACAAUGAAAGGUCACCAAACAUGUGGUCCAGUGACACAUCAGUCAAUGAGAUAUCAUGUGUUUCUAAGAAUAAUGAUAGAAAAGGAUGAAAACAUGCAGAAUCUAAAUAAAAGGUGGCAGAAAAGUAUUGGCAAAUAAGGAGAAUUGCAGGAGCAAAUAAAGGUUACUGUGAAAUUAUAAAAUUCCACACACACCCCAAAGAAAAUUUAUAAUAGAAAAGGUUGGAAAAAGGAAGAAAAAAAUAGGAUUAAAAAGAAAGAUAAGGUGGAAUUUUAUAGUGGUUUUGAUUCUCAGAGAUGCCAUUGACACCAGAGGAUGAAAAAACCAAGCUGAAAAUGAAUCCACUUGCUGGAUUAAAGUAGAUUCUCUGUCAUCUGAUCACAAGGCCAAGAGCCCCAGAAGUUUUGUUUACCAUUUGAAAGAUCAAAUCAGCAAGCGAAGAAAGGGAAGGAAAAUGCAUACAUUCAAGAAACUCAAGCUUUUAGUUGCUGUGCUCAUCUUUCAUCUCUUGUUUGCUACUUGUCAAUCCCAACACAGUUCUACCACCUUCUGUGGCAAAAUCCCGAUUCAGAGUCCCUUUCUGAGUUCAAAUUCAACUGUUCAAUCCCCAUUAAAUCGCAUGAUGCUAUGCAGAUCUCAGAAACUUUUCUUCAGAACCUCUCUUGGUCUUUUGCCAGUUUCUUCAGUCGAUUACACAACUAAAACACUAAUCAUUUCUCAACCUUCUUGCUCUUCUUCCCAGCAUUUUGUUUCUCCUGCUCUUCUGUCUGCUGGGUUUCCUACUUCGAAGCCUAACUCACUUCUUCUCUUCAACUGCUCAAACAAAAUCCAUCCCAUGACAUCGUUUAAAGGCAACUGCAGUCGCUUGAAUGCUUGUGCACCUUCAUCUGAAACUCACCGUCUUCAAAUCCCUUAUUCAUGCCUACUUGUUCCUGAUUUUGAAAAACUUGACAAGGGUUUUCAUCCAAAAGAUUUGAAUUGUUCACAUUACAGCAGAGUGUAUAGAAGUUCUUCAAGUGAUGAUUACAGCGACGAAUAUGAAUUAGGGACAAGGAUAUCUUUCGACAUCCCUGACCAUGUGCCAGAUGUCUGCAAUGAAUGCAAAAAGCCUAAUGGAAACUGUGGAGUUGGAUUGAGAUGUAUAUGCCACCCUAAAGAUUGUAGAGAUAAGGUCAUUUCUAUGGCUGGAUCAUUCAAGUCAUUUGGUACAAAUAUGUUCUUCUCUAUACUUUCUUCCAUUGUAGUCUUGGUUUCCUUCAUGAUUUAUUGAUAUAAUAAAAUUAAAUGCUAUGCAUAUAUUAGAUCAUCCAUGUUCUUUUUUCUAAUUGCUGUUGUAUCAGAAAUCCAAUGCAACUUACAGAUGUCUGUAGCUUCACCA